AAGUACAACGGCCUUUCCCGCCAAAAUCGCUGCUAAUUCCAAUAAAUUUGCUUGAAACAAUCUUAGAUUGAGAGAGAGAAAAAGAGAAACAGAUCUUUUCCAAACGAUCGAGUUGCGUUCUCGGCCUUCAGUAUCUCAGCAUCUUCUUUCUUUCGGGUCACAUAGUCACCAUGGAUUCAAUUAAGGGACAAGGAGGCAUCCAAAUGCUACUAACUGCAGAACAAGAGGCUCAACAAAUUGUCACCAAUGCCAAAAACGUAAAGAUGAAAAGAUUGAAGCAAGCUAAAGAUGAAGCUGAGAGAGAUGCAUCUCUUUAUCGUGCCCAUUUAGAGGAUGAAUACCAAAAAAAAGUUUCUGAGACAAAGGAUAACUCUGGAUCGAACGUGAAAUGGUUUGAAGAGGAAACUGACAAAAAGAUUCAAAACUUGAAAGAUAAGACCUCAAAGGUUUCCGGAGAUGUUAUUGCUAUGCUCAUCAAAUAUAUAACCACAGUGCGAAAUUAAUGGAAGGAGGAGUUACUGAUCAGAUCACUACCCUUCAAAAAAAAAAAAUUAUUGCUCCCUUCCUGGAUGAGUCAUUGAGUUGGAGAUAAGUUUCUAGUUAUCAGUUGUUUUUAAAGUUUGAAUCCUUACUGCAUUUGGAGCUGAUCUGUUCCAUACAGACUUGGAUGGGAGUUUUCUUUUAAAUUCUAUGAUCUGAUCAUCAUAAAGAUCCAUUUGUUGUUAUUUUUAUUCAUUCCUAAUAACUCUAUGAAAGGAUCACGCACGGCUAUCUAGCCCUUGGAUUUUCCCAAAAUUUUCAAGACUUGAUCAUUAUUUAUCCAUUGGCACUCAACUACAUUUUCAAUAUGUAUGUUUAUUUGACUUCGCGUAAGUUGUUGCUGCAAUAUUUGGGCUACAUGAGUUCUUUUUUGGUUUUAUUUACUGAAUUAUUUGUCCACGUGUAGUGCUACACCUGAGAGGAGAAUAUAGUUAAGCCGGAAGUUAAUUUCUUCCUAUUGCAUAUAUGUUUGUCUUCUUAUGAAGAUUUUUAACUGUGUCUUCCCUGUGAAGAUUAUUUGUUUGUCUUCUCUUUGGAAAUUGUUUUUCUAUGUUCUUAUUGAAGAUUAUUUACUAUCUUCCAAUUGAAAAUUUUCUAUUGUAGAUUUCUUAUCUGCCUAGAGUUCUUGUUGAAAAUUUCUCCCUACUAUUUCUCUUGAGUUUAUGUAGUUGAAGAUUUCCAUUUCUGGCCCACAACAGUGUUUUUGUUUCAUCUUCCAACUAUUGCUAUUUUCAGAGCUUUCUCUGUUGUUGUUGAUGUUUUCUGGCCUGCAACGAUGAUUUGUUCAUCUCCUAUCACCAUGGUUUAAAGCAUCUUCGAUAUGAUAAAAAUACCCCUCCGAUAGGUAUCUUAAAUUUAGCCAAUUGAUACGGCAAUCGAUAUCGAUACUUUAAUCCUUACCUACCGCUGCUAGUUUAUACUCCAGUUUGAGGGGGUGUUAAAGUUGCUAGGUAUUAUGGUCCUUGUCUAUUAGUUGUGAUUCAUGUUUAUUAUCCUUUUUAUAAUUACUAGUUCUUAGUUAUCGCCUAUUGUCUUUAGCCUUUUGUGCUCUCUAAGGCUAUUUAUGGUCUACAUUAUUUGCUUACUGUACUUGACUCUUUGAUUAUGGUGUUUAAAUUUAGAGAAGAGUUGAAAAGUAGGAAAUCAAUGGGUUGGAAACCAGAAUUGUGAACAUCAGCCAAUAAGAGAGAGAGAGAGAGAGUUUCAUGAAGAAAUUCGUACUACAUCCUCAACCAAUUUCUUUUCCUCCACAACUCCCAACUGGCUAGAGAAGGCUCUUGGCAAGAAAGAGGGUGAGUCGGGAACAGCAAGAGAUGUCGGAUUGAUGGAAGCUGCAGCCAUGACCAACACCAAAGAGAACCAAAGAAGAGGAGAUUAGGCGUAGUAUAUCGAGGCGGGGGGCCUUAUAGUGAGACUUCGUGCAUAAAAAAUCAAUAUUUUCAAUCA